AUGCCAUUGUAUGCUCUCCUUGCGUUGGAGAUGAUUUAGUCCGUCAGUGUUACGCUUUAACGUGAUAGGAUCAGGUGAAAUCUGUUCCGCUCGGCCCGCGCUGUUGCUAAGCAAAGCCUCACUUGGCGAGCACGACGAUAAUAUUCAAAUAAAUGGGAAAAAGCACACGAAUGCUUUGCUUGCAGCGGUUAGAUGCAGAAAACCAAAGAAAGAAAGAAGUGGAGCGAGUAUGCUAAUUGAGCUAACUUACAUUAGCCUGCUAUCAUGCGCCUGGUCAUCGGGGAGCUCUGAAUGCUGUAAUCCAAGGAUCAUCUUUGCACUUUAAGAGGUCACGUCCUCCAAUACAAUACUGUAGUGGGAACACUUUCCUCCCCGGACCAGGGAGCCACACAGGUCACACUUGCUCAUAGGAAAGACAUUCAGAAUAAGUCAUGGGAAAGAAGAACCAGAACCGUGAAGAUGAUGAGGCUGCUUCCUCAGAUGAGGAAGAGUAUAUAGUGGAGAAGGUCAUGGACAGGCGAGUUGUGAAGGGCCGUGUGGAAUAUUUCCUGAAGUGGAAAGGCUUUUCAGACAAACACAACACAUGGGAACCAGAGAAGAACCUGGACUGUCCAGAGCUUAUCGCUGAGUUCAUGAAGAACUAUAAAAAGACAAACAGCGGAAGCACACCCAGCAGCAAGCCCUCCAGCACAGGCUCUUCUUCGGUCCGUCCCAAAGACAGUAGCAGCAGCACCAGCAAGAGGAAAAACUCAGAGGAAGAGAACGGGAGUGGCAGCAAACCCAAAAAGAAAAAGGAGGAUGAGAUCCUUGUAGCAAGAGGUUUUGAGCGAGGCCUGGAGCCUGAGAAGAUUAUUGGAGCAACAGACUCCUGUGGAGACCUUAUGUUCCUUAUGAAGUGGAAGGACUCUGAUGAGGCAGACCUUGUGCUUGCAAAGGAAGCCAAUCACAAGUGCCCUCAGAUCGUCAUUGCUUUCUACGAGGAGCGCCUGACUUGGCACGAAGACGGCGAAAAGAAAGAAAAGAGCGCCACAGCGGUUUAAAGGGCAGAGUGGGGAGGAAAGACGCUGAGUCCUCCAAACCUUGUGCCCUUUUUCACACCGGUGACACUCUCAUAGCCAACUUUUAACGGACCAUUUAGUAAAAAAAAAAACGGCCAGCGAGUAAUGGAGGUUACAACCUCCAUCCACCAUCUCUCACCAGACAACCCGAAAGGCCAUGGCGAACGGCGGCUGCAGCAGAGCGGUGGAAUGUGAUCUCUCUUCUCUGAUCUUCCUUCUAUUUUGACACAGUUUGUGUAUUUGUGCCCCUUCAACUAUGUUCUUAUGAUGUGUUGUGUGCUAGUGUAGAUGUGAAACAGUGGAAACCCGUACAUGUCAAACUUUCAUUCACACAGUUGAUUUGGUAGUGUUGCUGGAAAUGACUGAAAAUAUCAGUUGCGUGUGCGUUUAACAUCUAAAACGCUGGAUAAAGAUGUGACUGCGCUGGUUUUAUUUCACAAGCUGAUGUCACCCGCUUUACUGAUUUCUGCUUUGUUUUUGUUUGUUUUUUCAAACAGGUAGAAUUCAUUUUGCUGUAUCACCAUUUUAACUUUAAUAAUGACCCUUGUGGGCCAAAAUCCUGUGAUUUGUAGUUUUUUUUUUGUUUCUGAUUGCCAGUAAAGCCACUUAAAGAAACUACACCUUAUAUUCGCUUUCCCCAUAUUUAAUUUAGAACAUUGACAUCCAUUUUUUUCUCUGUUCUUCCUCUAAUGUCUUUGUAAAACUCUGCUACGUUAAGAAUUGGCCCAUUUUUACCACCCUUACCUUUGAACUUCUCAUUGUUGCUUGCAGGAGGGCAGACAAUCGUCAUCAUGUGAGUGUGUAAUGGGACAUUUUUAUCUGUUUCUACACACUUUUAUCAUUAUGCUCCAUAAGUUUAACUGAUAUGCUCCCUCUUGUGGCGGAUUUGGUGAACACAUUCCAUGUUUGACCUCAUGAACGCAGAGCUGUUCUCACUCACGUGGUAGUUUAAUCAUAUGUUGGGUUCUUAUUACUUUUUUAACCUAGAGUUGACUCAAUAAAAUGGUGUUUAUCAAGGUUACAUGCCUAUACUAGAGUUUUGUGCUCUGUAGUUCUUUUUGUGCGCUUUGCAAAGCCACUGAACAAAAGCUACUCCUUCAAGAUAAUUUACAACAGGAAAAGAGCUUGUUUUAUUUGAAAUGUAUGGGCGCAGUCCACUGACAGCUGUGGAAUAGUGAGAAAGGUUUAGUUUGAGUUGUUUGUAAUGUGGGGGAAAGUUUUUAAACAGGGUCGAACAUUAUGUGUAGUUACAUUUUUCUGUAUUUUUGGUAUGGUUUUUGUUAUAUUACAAAAGGACCAUCCCUUCCGUGAUCAUUUAUACACAUGACUAGCAGUUGUUUUUAAAAUGUGCAACAAUAGUUGUCUUUUGCUAUAAGUGCAUAGCCUUUUUUAAAUGUCCUGUACCAUAUUGUAUUAAAUCUAGUUUUCAACACUAACAGUUGAACAUUUCUGGAAUCCCUGAACCUUGGUUUUCUGACUCAAGUCAAACCAAAUAAAUUUCAUUGUAGUGCUGA